AUGGAGCUGUUCGCCAUUCGUUCUUCCGGUUUCCGCACCCAUUUCCGCCCGAAAAAGUUAAUCAAAACGAUGGUGAUGUUGUUUUUGUUGGGACUUUUGCUUCUGUUCGCUCUCAACAUUUUGUACGACAAUCGGUUCGCCAUCCCGUGGAUGAAGCGGCGAUUCCAGAUCGUCCAGUGGACGGAAGAGUCCGACCAGCAGCUCCUGGGACCAAACAAUCGGAGGAUUUACUUCCACGAAACAAGCGGAAGAAGCCGCUUGACUCUGAGGCAAAGUUGCGCAGUGGAAUCGGCGGCCAAAGAGAAUCCCGACCGGCCCGUCCAGCUCAUCAUGCAGACGGAAAUUUCUUCCAUCAAUAGGCGGGGAACUUGGCUGAAUGUUUUGUCCAACUACCCCAACGUGGCCGUCAUCCUGAUCAAGGAAAUGGAUUACUUUCGAGACACUCCGCUAGAAGACUGGUACCGCAAAGGCCAAUGGCGACAGAGCCCUCACAAGCUGGAACAUUUUGCCGAUUACAUUCGGAUGCUGAGCAGUCUGAAAGGCGGAGGUCUCUACAUGGACCUGGAUUUCGUCACCAUCAAACAGCUGGACAUUAGCAACUUUUUGGCCGUCGAGGACGCGGCGGCCAAUCACCUUUCCAACGGGAUUUUCCACUUUGAUCACGGGCACCGUCUCAUCCGCGAGAUCGUCGACCAGCUGGCAGCUCGCUACCAGCCGGAAGAAUGGAACGCCCACGGUCCGGCUCUCAUUUUCUCCAUCAUGUCGAGGAUUUGCGGAUUGAAGACUGGGCAGCCGCUCUCCAACCAAUGUCAGGAUGUGGCCUUGAUGCCUUACAACUUUGUCUAUCCGAUCCACUGGCCGGAUUGGCGAAUUUACUUCCAGAAAGCCAACCGCAACGUCAUGCAGUGGAUCAACGGAAGCUACGCUGUCCACGUCUGGAACAAAAUGUCGCACUCGGAACCUCUUCUAAUCAAUUCCGAUCAAGUUUACGCCACUCUAGCCUCCAGACAUUGUCCGUUCACGGUCGCCCGAGCUGCGGAAUUCGAUUCCUCGUAAUAAUAUCGUUUUGAAUUUUGCCGCUUCUUUUCGGUAAUAAUACAAA